AUGCCAACAGACUCGAGCUCGUCGCAAAUGCGCGUGCCGAUAGAGACCCAAGUAGGCUGGAUAGCUAACCUCGGGAUGUCAGCUACUCAAGACCAGUCUGAUGCAGAGCUGGAAAGCUUUCGCACCGCGUUAGCGUCAUUCGCAUUCGUCUCGCCAGCAGGGCCAAGGCGUUCUCCACGUAACCGUAAUACGCCUGAAACUUUGAAUGUGUCCGAAGACAAAGACGUCCUUCCGGUGUUCUCCGAAUCUACCUUAUAUGUUCCAGCACGCAAGAAAGUGGCGGCAGCGUUAAAGCCGAGAGCUGGCAAACAGACCGUCAAGGAGGAGAUUAUAGGUGACUUGAUACCACAGGAGGCCAAGGCCCUGAUCAAGACGAUAGGAAAGCGCGGAUAUGCGCCGCCUGAAACGUAUGCUCAUCUUGAGCCGCUUGAAGACCAUCUGAAGGAAGAACUAGACAGUCGAAUCACUUCUGGAGAUGUCUUCACAGAUCGAGUAAGAUUACAAAUUGUUACCACUGUAUACCGCGCAGGCGAUGAGCCGUUAUUCGCAGAUCUCACCCCUGCAAACGAAUGUCUAGAUCCUAGCGAGGAUCAUACACUGCCGGAGCGGUUCAAUUUGGGCUUAACUAACCUCGUCCAUAGACCGAGUGCCGAGAGGGGCAUUAUCAUGUAA